CGCUUCAUUUAUUCUAGAUAAAUCUUCUAGACAGCUGGGCGACUGCACAGAAAGCUCAUUCCGUCUCAACAUGAAUAGACGAACAACAAUGCAAAACGAAAGUACACUUUCAAUGAGAUUUAUGGAGUUUGAAUACUUGCGAAUCCGCCAGAAGGGGGCUGUUCGCGCUAUUGAAGAAGAAUGUACCGUAGUCCUCUUUUGGAAUAGGGGAAGGGUGCAUGCUGUUGGUAAAAGUAAACAUGACAGUGACGGUGGACUGGGCCGCUUGACAAACUUACGCGCCAGAGUGCACAGUAAACUUUCACAUGUGAUUUGCUCCGUCGAAAAACCUAGCAUGUUGAACAAAAUUAAAAAAGCAUAUUCGCAGGUUAUAAUAAGGCCUAUUAAAAAUUCACCAAGACAUUUAGAAAUCAUUGGUGAUAGAAUCCACAUGGAUGCUAUCGUUAAAAAGUUUCUCUCUUCGAGAAAUUCAGCUUUAAAGACUUUAAAGCCUGAUAAGCCUAUAGGGUCGGCGUCAAAGCAAUUUUCUGGUGAGGCCAUUGCACAAAAAAAUUACGAAAAGCAAUCGUUGUCUCGGCAACCUAAAGCAGCCAGCAAAGCACUAUACAAAGCUACCAGCCCGACAGCAGCAUACACACCAAGCUUAAGGCAGACCGCCAGCAGCAGUCCAAUACCGAUCGAAAAGCCAUCACCUCUAAAUAAGGCGAUCAACAGAUCACUUAUAAUCAAAGAGACUGCACAAAAUCAAAUGAAAACAUCUCCGUUUGUGUUUUACUUCAACAAUGGUGCUGAACUAACAUUUCAUAGAGGAGAUAUCACCAAACAGCGAGUGGACGCUAUUGUCAACGCGGCUAAUGAAGAACUUCAUCACAGCGGAGGAGUAGCCAAAGCAAUCGCCGACGCCGCUGGGCCCAGCUUGAGAGAAGAAUCCGCUGAACUGCGCCGAGCGUAUGGUGGACGUAUCCCCACUGGGAAUGUAGUGACCACUGGAGCCGGCCGUCUACCUUGUCGUUAUGUGCUCCAUGUUGUGGGACCCCAUGUGCGAAUGCCUGGUUAUAAAGACCUUCUGGGGGAAACUGUGAAAAAUAUCGUUGUUGAAUGCGGUAACCUUCAUCUUCACAGUGUCGCAAUACCUGCCAUCAGUACUGGCAUUUAUGGCGUCCCGAAACACGAGGGGGCAGCGGCAAUGAAGCGAGCCCUGAAAAGGAAAGUCGAACAGGAACGGAACACACUUCGACAAAUCCGAAUGGUUGACACUGGUCAAGAAACAAUCUCUAUCUAUAGCAAAAUAUUCGAGCAGGACGAUGAUUUCUCUGAUGACAUGAAAGUAAAGCAGUCAACGUUUGGAGGAGCAGAAGCAACGCCGCUGGGAUGGCAUGACAACGGCGCAGGCGCAGUAGGUUAUGACACCUCCACGGCCAAAUACAGUGCAAGGAAAUUUGACGAUGAAGAUUCUGGUGUUGUAUAUCAGCGUGGAGCUAUGUACCAAGCAGAUGACGUAUACAGUUCUUCUCUGUGCGAUCCUACUGACCAGUUUGAGACGGCAUCCCGUGAGACCCAUGACACAGAGUCUGCAUGCGAUUGGGGUACUGACUUGUCUCCGUUUGAAGACCAUGAAGACGAAGCUGUGUGCCCAAUUUGCAUGGAUACAUUCACAGAGAGACAAGAUCUGAAACGAUGUGGACACAGUUUUUGCAAGGAGUGCUUGUCCCGAGCCCUCAAGAUCCAGAACAAGUGCCCGAUCUGCGGUGAUCUACUGGGCGAACAAAGAGGGAACCAACCAAAAGGAACCAUGAGUGUCAGCUAUGAACGCGAGUCUCUUCCAGGCUACAAGGGCUCAGACACGAUUGUCAUCGAUUACGAUUUUCCUUCGGGGAAGCAGAAG